AUGAUAUCAACAGCUCCAGCGGACCUGCCUUCGCCCAAGCCCAUCCCGGCCUUCUAUUGCUGCUAUCUUUUACGAUCGGUGAAGAAGCCGAGCUCUCUCUAUAUUGGUUCUACCCCAGAUCCAGCGCGGCGUCUUGAGCAGCAUAAUGGAUUUACAAAAGGCGGUGCAAAAAGAACGGAGCGCGACACGUUGCGGCCAUGGGAAAUGAUCACUAUCAUAGAGGGCUUCACAAGCCGGACCGGUGCCUUGCAAUUUGAAUGGUCAUGGCAGCAUGUACACACAACCAGACACAUAGGUGCCGUGGAGACUGACCAAUUGAACCGAAGGCGAAAGGAUCCUCCCGUUGACCAAGGCUCUGGCAUUUGGACCUCCACGCCAAAGGUAUUGGGUAACUUGCACCAAUUGUUGCGCUCUACCUACUUUGGAACAUGGCCUUUGACUGUGCGGUUUCUAUCAACCGAAGCACAUAGCCACUGGCAACGUUGGACGGAACGCGCGGAUGGUUUGCUCCCCGAUACUAUACACGUCGAACUAGACUUUCAUGCAGAAGGUGCCAGUGUGCUUGACUCCAAUCUGCCAGCCAACGACAUGACUCAUAUUAAUGCGACAUACAGUGGUAUACAAGACCAUCUGGAAAAGUCGGCGUCUCUUUUGAAUGAUAGUGCUAAAACGUUAGCGUGUGAGGUAUGUAAGAAACUACUAUCUCCACACGGCGAUGUUAUAGUGGUCUGUUCGCAGCCCCAUUGCCAUGCCGUGUCACAUGUCAAGUGUCUCUCCCAGUUGUUUCUGAGGGAUGAAGGAAGCUCUGGCUUGGUGCCGACGCUUGGGGACUGCCCAGCUUGCAAGCGAGAAGUGACAUGGGUGGCCUUGAUGAAAGAACUAAGCAUGCGGUUGCAUGGAGCCAAGAUUGCCACAAAGUUACUGAAAAAAGAACGCAAGAGUAAGGCAAUCAGCGACAGCAGAAAAUCGUCUAAAUCUGGCAAGAAAACGGCAAAUACAUAUGCUGAUAUACUUGGUAACGACUACGAUGAUCUUGACGAGGACUGGAUGAACUCUGUGAAUGUCGACUCUGGCUCAGAGCCCCUUGACCAUAAAUUUACAAAUGCGAAUAACUCGACCGGGCGAGUGGAGAUAGUGAUUGAGGACAGUGAGGAAGAAACCUUUGAUUGA